GAGGUCCCUCAGGACCGGGCCACGCCACGCUACCUGGGGCCGGAGCGGGAGCGCGAGCAUGGCGCCGCCCCCGGCCCGCGGCCUGCUUGACGCGUGUGGGCAGCGCGCAGCCACCCGAGGUUCCAGUCUGCAGACAUAAUGAAGAUCCAGUGCCUCUCCCGAUGCCUCCCAAUCUAGGGAGAAGUGCCAGUGGUUCCAAGACAUCUGCUAGGGAUUUCCCUAUUGCUGUUGAUUUUACUUGAAGGUGUUGAGAUGCUACAGCAGUGGACAGCCAUGGAAAGCCUAAGGCUUGACAAAUAUGUAAGAGGAAAAGCAUCUCCUUCUCCUAAGUACAGCUAUCUUGAUGACAAUCUCAUUGAACGAGGAAAAAACACCAAAGAAGGAGGAACGUGUGAAGUUAUAGCAGCACACAGAUGUUGUAAUAAGAAUCGAAUUGAGGAAAGAUCACAAACAGUAAAAUGCUCCUGUCUACCUGGGAAAGUGGCUGGGACAACAAGAAACAGACCUUCCUGUGUUGAUGCUUCGAUAGUGAUCGGGAAAUGGUGGUGUGAGAUGGAGCCGUGCCUAGAGGGGGAAGAAUGUAAGACGCUGCCUGAUAAUUCUGGAUGGAUGUGUGCAACCGGCAAUAAGAUCAAGACCACCAGAAUUCACCCAAGAACCUAACAGAGUCUUCUGGAUGGCUGCAAUGAAAGCACCGCUGAUUUAGAGGACAAAACGUUAAAAGUUUAAACCAUCUCAACAUUUACAAGCCAAAUGGAUUUCUUAUUUGCACUUUUGACUGUUUACCACAUAAUAACAGUGGCUUUACUGUCUGAAAUAAAAUCUUCUGUGGAAGUAAUGUCCCAGAUUUUUGACAACAGAAACGGAAAAACAAAACAAAAAACCCGAAGAAAAUGGUUCUUUUGGUAAAGUUUGCGUGACUACGGAGUAUGGACGCGAUCGGAUCUACCGUUUAUACUAUUUAAAAGUAUCUAUAAAUAUAUAAAUAUAUGAUAUUUUGAAAUAAAGCCUCAAUCUUCAAGAAACUGAAUAGU